AUGCACAAAGACUUGUCCAGUGGACGGAUAACCGUCGAACAGACCCCGUUCAUUAUUCCAGACUUCAAUGUUAAGGAUUUGCUGUCAGCGAUCCCAGCACACUGUCACAAGCGGUCCAUGUUCCGUUCCUCUCUCUAUGCGUUCUGGGACUUUUUCCUGCUUGCAUGCAUCUACAAACUGGCAACCUUUGCGGAUACGCUCAUCACCCCAGCGAGCAUUCCGAACCCGUACCUCUACUGUUUUGCGCGCUUCGCUCUGUGGUCGCUGUACGGCUUUGCCGCGGGUCUCGUCGCUACCGGCGUGUGGGUCGUCGCCCAUGAGUGCGGUCACCAGGCCUUCUCCGAGUCCAAGACCGUGAACAACGCUGUCGGCUGGGUCCUGCAUUCUGCCCUCGGUGUGCCGUACCACUCCUGGCGCAUCACCCAUGCGAAGCAUCAUGCUUCUACUGGCCACAUGACACAGGACCAGGUCUACGUGCCCAAGACGCGUUCUCAGUUGGGCCUCCCACAAUUUCAGCCCGAUCAAGAGGACCUUCGUGGCUCCAGUGUCACUCAGGAAGUCAUGAGCGAACUCUGGGAUGCUAUCGGUGACACACCCAUUGGUGCAUCUUGGGGAGUUGCCACCUACUUGCUUGCUGGUUGGAUCAUGUACAUACUCAGGAACGCGUCGGGGCAGCAUAGAUAUCCGGCAUUCACCAACCACUUCGACCCAUCUGCUGCCAUGUUCAGCCCCCACCAUCGCAAUCAGAUCAUUGUUUCCGAUGUUGGUAUCGCUCUGUGGGCAGCGGGAGUAAUUACGUGGAUUUACUACAAGGGAUUCGCGGAAGUCUUCUGUCUCUACCUCGUCCCUUACCUUUGGGUGAACCACUGGCUCGUUAUGGUCACCUUCCUUCAACACACCGACCCCAUUCUCCCUCACUACCGUGCAGGCGAGUUCACUUUCCCCCGCGGCGCGCUUGCCACCCUGGACCGUAACCUCCUAGGCGAAUGCGGCAGCUUCAUGGGAUGGAUCGGUGCGUGCGCCACCCACGGCAUCUCGGAGACGCACGUCGCGCACCAUGUCGCCAGCAAGAUCCCGCACUACCACGCAUGGGAGGCCUCCGAUGCUCUCCGCCUCAGGCUCGCUCAGUCGGGCAUUAAGCUCGAGGGCCGUCCCAGCGGCUGGAUGGAGAUGUACCGUGUCUUCAGGGAGUGCAAGUUCGUCGAGGACGAAGGCGACAUUGUCUUCUACAAGAACGCCAGGGGCCUCGCCGCGACGCGCCCCAUCUACCUAGACAACACCGCAAGCGACUCCGGUAUCGAGAUAGACAAGGACGCGUAG